AUGAACCUGGAUUCGACUAAUUCCACGCACGAAACCUGGAAAGCUUCCCGAGGUCCAUGGGUCCGCGUUUCCAUUACCACGACAAACAACACGUCCAACUUGACUCCUCUCAAUGCAACAGCAUCGCCCAUCAACGCGGCUGAAGACAUUGAAAUGUUCAGCAAGGGCUUCUCAAUAUCUCAGCUGGCAAUCCCCGCUGUGAGUGUGUUGAUCGCUUUUCUCGCUUACUCGUCGCAGUACUUCUUUCUGCAUUUCGAAUCUGUGCCUCUCACAACAGAGGAGACAUGGAAAAUUAACAUAUUCGCUGCAUGCAUCUGGAUAUGUUAUUAUCGAACAUGUUUCGUAGAUCCAGGUCGACUUCCGAAGACCGAGCAUCGACCAAAGCCCAAAGAGCAGGACAGUGACGAAGUCACUGGCCGCCAGCGAUGGUGCCGUAGAUGUGAAGCCUACAAACCUCCACGGGCUCAUCACUGCAAAACUUGCAAGAGAUGCAUUCCAAAGAUGGAUCAUCAUUGCCCCUGGACCUCCAACUGCGUCUCUCAUUUUACCAUCCCGCAUUUCAUGCGCUUUCUAUUCUAUGCAACUGUUGGAAUGUCGUAUCUCGAGACCCUAAUCUGGGAGCGAGCAUCAUUUGUAUGGAAAAAUAGCCAUUUGCCCAGCUACAUGGGGCCCACACUGGGACAGCUCAUCCACCUGUUUAUACUCAUGGUGGUGAACACUCUUACUACUUUUGCACUAGGUGUUCUCCUGCUCAGAAGCCUUUGGGCACUAGGAUCAAACACGACCACUAUUGAAACUUGGGAAAUCGAAAGACAUGCUACUCUCGUUAGACGCGCUCGUGUGCUCGGCGGGUAUCUUGAGGGCCCCGGCGGUAUCCGAGUGUAUAUAAAGAAGCAAGAGUACCCUUACGAUAUUGGAAUUUGGGCCAAUAUCAGGCAAGGCAUGGGCGGGAGUUGGAAUGUAAUAAGCUGGUUCUGGCCAUUUGCUGCAAGUCCUGAUCGUCGCAGUGGCUGGGAAUUCGAGACAAACGAUUUUGAGGACCCUGGUGUUUCAUGGCCGCCUCCGGAUCCAGAUAGGAUUCCGAUGCCAGCGAGUGCAAAGCCACCCAGUGACUUCCGCAUGCCUCAAUAUGCAACUAUACAAGAUGAGAUUGAUGCCUUCAAUCGCCGCAAACAAGAAGACAUGAAGCGGUUUCAACAGAGCCCGGGGUUACAACGUCGCAAGCCAUUCCAUGAUCGACACAAAGUAGACCAUUAUCCCGAUAGUGAAAGCGAUGAGUCUGGUGCCGGCUCUCAUAGCGACUCAGAUGAGGGCGAGGAGUCCUGGCGAAAUGCUGAGGGUGAACGCCUCCGUGAUUUCGGGGUGGAUGAAGAAGCAGAAUUCUACGACGAGGAAGACAUUCCUCUUGCAGUCUUGAUUCAACGGCGCAAGCAGGAACAAUCCUUGAACUGA